UUAAAAAAUAUGGCGGCUAUUAGUAACUUUUAUUAAAAUUAUAAGCUUCGCCAAAUAAUCCUAUUGUUAUUGUAAGAAAUUAGUUAAAACAAUAUACAAGUAGUAUAAAAUUUUGACUAGAUAUUAGUGACUUCAAAAUAAGUAAGCCGAACUGUGAUUUAAGUUCUCUAUACAACUAUAAAAAUGUAUGAUGAUAGACGUGGUGGGCGCGGAGGAGGACGUGGAAUGAGCCGUGGCCGCGGUGGUGGUCGGGGAGGGUCCCGUGGCGGCCGGUCUAGUGAUAGAUCAGAGGAGAGAGGCAGCCGCUUCGGGUCCAGCAUGCGCGGCCGAGACGGAGGCAGAGGAGGAAGAGGAUUUGGAGGCCGAGGGGGCGGUCGCGACGAUUUCAGAAGCUUUAAGAACGAUCAGCCCGGCGGCAACUUACGGAAAAUACGCUGGGAAUCGAUUACACUGACGCCGUUCCAGAAAAACUUCUAUAUUCCCCAUCCGAAUGUUCAGAGGCGUUCGCCUACUGAAAUUGAGGCAUAUCGUAGCGAGAAUCAAAUAACAGUUAAAGGUCGCGAUGUCCCGGCACCCAGUAUGUAUUUUGAAGAAGGAGGUUUCCCAGAUUAUGCUAUGAAAGAGAUUUUAAAGCAAGGUUUCCCGCAUCCAACUCCUAUCCAAGCGCAAGGAUGGCCUAUAGCUCUGUCAGGACGGGAUUUAGUGGGGAUUGCUCAGACCGGGUCAGGGAAAACAUUGGCAUACAUUUUGCCAGCUAUUGUGCAUAUUAUCAAUCAGCCCAGGCUGCUGAGAGAUGAGGGGCCAAUUGUGUUAGUGUUGGCACCUACUAGGGAGCUUGCACAACAGAUUCAACAGGCUCUGAUUGCAAUGAACGGGUCCGCUGCCAACAUGACGGAUCCCAACGACUGUGACAUAGUGGCAACAGAUUUUGGACAGAAUGUUCAAGUUCGGAACACUUGUAUAUUUGGAGGUGCUCCAAAAGGGCCGCAGGGUCGGUCGCUGGAGCGCGGCGUGGAGAUAGUUAUUGCUACACCUGGAAGGCUGAUUGAUUUCUUGGAAAAAGAUACGACGAACUUACGUCGUUGCACAUAUCUUGUGCUAGAUGAGGCUGACAGGAUGUUGGAUAUGGGUUUUGAGCCUCAGAUCAGAAAGAUCAUUGAACAAAUACGUCCAGACAGACAGGUACUAAUGUGGUCAGCAACUUGGCCCAAAGAGGUGCAGAACCUAGCUGAGGAGUUCCUCCAUGAUUACAUCCAGAUCAACAUUGGCUCGCUUUCUCUUUCUGCCAACCACAAUAUCCUGCAGAUUGUGGAUGUCUGCGAGGAGUGGGAGAAGAAUGAGAAGUUACUGACGCUGCUCAAUGAAAUAUCCUCGGAAGAGGAGACUAAAACUAUUAUAUUUGCGGAGACAAAGCGAAAGGUGGAUGAUAUAACAAAAACAAUAAACCGCGCCGGGUGGCGAGCGCUAGCUAUCCACGGGGACAAGAACCAACAAGACCGGGAUUACGUGCUCAGUCAGUUCCGUAUGUCAACUGGAGGUAUCCUGGUUGCCACUGACGUUGCAGCUCGGGGACUCGAUGUGGAGGACGUGAAGUUUGUGAUAAACUACGACUACCCGAACAACUCCGAGGACUACGUGCACCGCAUCGGCCGCACCGGCCGCUCGCAGAACACCGGCACUGCCUACACUCUCUUCACACCCUCCAACUCCGCCAAGGCAAAGGACCUGAUGUGCGUACUGCAGGAGGCCAACCAGGUGGUCAACCCUCGGCUGCUGGAGCUGGCGCAGUGCGGAAUGGGAUUCAAGGGGAAAUACGGUCGCAAUCGUUUCCGUGACCGUGACGACAGCGAGCGCGGCCGCUCCGACCGCGGCAGGGGACGUGGUCGCGGCAGGUUCUCUGACAGAGGUUCACGUUGGGACGAGAACAGUUCAAACAGUUACAGCCAGAGCUUCAGCCGCACCGAGGGUUAUAACACGCGAAAUUCUGAAACACGACAGUUUUCCAACCGAGAGGGAAGUGGGUUCAAUCGAGAGGGAAGUGGUUUCAACCGAGAGGGAAGUGGGUCCUUCAGGGGCCGCGGAAGUAGGGGCAGGGGACGCGGUUUCAACGAUCAAAGUUACCAGAAUCAAAGUUUUAGCGUCCCUCCGCCGACUUCUUAUUAUAAUAUGUACUCGCAGCCGCCGCCGCCCCCUAAAUAAUUCUGCAUUUUAUAACCAUCCCUUACAUUAUCUUUAAUUAUAUAGAGAUAGCAAUAUGUUUGUUGGCUGAAAUAUGCCAAAGUAAAUUUGUAGACAAAAAGAAUUAUAAUUCGUCCCCGCGUAGUUUCAAGUAAACAUGAGUAGGAUAUAUUUGUAUUUUUGUAUGUAACUAAUAAAUUCGAUAACUACUGGUCCGAUUUUAAGUAUUACUUUGCUAUUAAAAAGUUACAUUGUCAAUGAGCGAUAUAGGCUAUUACUAGAAUGUUUAAUUCUACCCGACAUCGUGUUUUAAAGCGAGUAAUUAUAUCACAUGUUACUCAGUAUUAAUGUAGUUUUUUAAUGGUGACAGAAUUUUUAAAAUCCGCCAAGUAGUUUUUGAGUUUAUUAGUUACAUACAAAUAUAAUUUUCUGUUUAUGAUAUUAGUAUAGAUAAAUUUACUUACAUACAUGAAAUAGUCAGUUAUUUUUAUGAUACCUUUUUAUAGGUAUUAGAAAAUACAGUAGUUUUAUUGUAACUAAAAUACGCAAUUAAUUCUCUUUUGUGUACAUGUAGAUAAGUUAAAAGAUAUAAAUUAACUUUUGUCUACGAAUUUCAUUGCAUUUUAAUAUAGAAUUAUGCUAUGAAGUUGUUAGUUGAUUCAGCUAUGAGCUGGCAUAUAAUUGGACAAUUUUAAUAUAGUAAAUAGUAAAAAUCCAUCACCGCUUAUAGUUUAAAGCACCUCUAGUAUUUUUAACCAACUUCCAAAAGGAGGUUCUCAAUUUGCCCGUGUUUUUAUAUAUUUUUAACUGCAUAUCUUCACCUGGUCAUCAAUUUUCAAUUUUUUUACAAAAACCAAAAAAUU